CGGAACGCUCGUUACCCUGCUCAAAAUCAAAAUUUAUUCUCUCUGGCCGAUAGCCUGUUUCUUUUACCAGAUUUCAUACCGCGCCUCUAUCUAAUUGCUGAUUUAAGUACAAGAUGGUUUUAUAUUUUAUUGGGCUUGGGUUGUCGUCUCCUGAGGAUAUCUCCGUCCGCGGACUGAAGGCGGUUCAGAAAUGCGAGCGGGUGUAUCUGGAAGCGUACACUAGCAUUCUGAUGGCUGCCUCGAAAGAAGAUCUUGAGCAGUUGUAUGGUCGGGAAGUUAUACUGGCAGACAGAGAGCUGGUCGAGAGCGGGAGCGAACAGAUACUAGAGAAUGCUCAGAACGUUGACGUUGCGUUUCUGGUAGUCGGAGAUCCAUUUGGAGCGACAACACAUACCGAUCUCAUAAUUCGAGCGCGCGAGCUCGGCAUUCCAGUCGAGACAAUCCACAACGCCUCUGUGAUGAACGCGGUGGGUGCUUGUGGAUUACAGCUGUACAACUUCGGACAGACGGUUUCGCUUGUGUUUUUUAUGGAUAAUUGGAAGCCUAGCAGUUUCUAUGAUCGGAUAAAGGAGAAUCGUGAUAUUGGCUUGCAUACUCUUGUGCUUCUUGAUAUCAAGGUCAAGGAGCAGAGCUUUGAGAACAUGGCGCGAGGAAGAAAGAUCUACGAGCCACCACGCUACAUGAACAUCGAAACCGCAGCCUCCCAGCUCCUCGAGAUCGAGGACAUGCGCCAGCAAUCGGCCUACACGCGCGACACUCCCUGCGUCUCAAUUUCCCGUCUGGGUUCGCCGCAGCAGAAGUUUGUGGCCGGGACUCUGGCAGAUAUGGCCGAGCUUGAGAGCGGAGAGCCGCUGCAUUCGUUGGUGAUUUUGGGACACCGAACGCAUGAGAUGGAAGUUGAGUAUUUGCUGGAGUUUGCAGAGGAUAAGGAGGCUUUUAAGGUUGCGGUUAAUAAGGAGGUUGAGGCCGCUCGACUUGCUCAGAUCGCUGCUGCCGAGGAGGAAGAGGAUGACGAUUAGAUUUUAGUUCUGUAAUAUAUGGUGAAUUGAUUUGGAUUUGGUUUACCUUAGUAUGUUUAUACAACAGAGACUUCUGUGUAAUUUUCUCUUUCUAUUAAUGUAAAUUAUACCUACGAGCAAUCCAUAUGUAUGCUCCUAACAGUGGAAAUGAUUCUAUCGUUGGUAGAUAUUGGUGAUCUGUUGCGCGAUGCGGCGGCCG